AUUGCGGAGUAGAUGGGAAUGCAGACUAGCACAACCCAACCACAGAGAAGCUAAAACUUCCUGGAUUCCUAGAGCCCAGAAUGGCUGCUACCCUGCCUCCUAGAGUUCCAGAGGAACAGAAAAAACUUCUCACAGUAAAGAAUGAAGAAGGCCAUGUCUGGGAGCAGGAAUCUCACUUGCAAGGGAAUAAUAUUUAUAGCCAAGAACUCUUUCGUCAGCGCUUUAGGCAGUUCUGUUACAAGGAAACACCUGGUCCCCGUGAAGCUUUGGGCCGUCUCUGGGUGCUCUGCUGUGAGUGGCUAAAACCAGAAAUGCACACAAAAGAACAGAUCUUAGAUCUGCUGGUACUUGAGCAGUUCUUAACCAUCUUACCUGACGAUCUCCAAACUUGGGUUCGGAAACAUGAGCCAAAGAGUGGGGAGGAGGCUGUGAUUGUAUUGGAAGAUUUGGAGAAAGAGCUUGACGAACCAAGACAACAGGUUCCAGCCAGUUCCUAUGGACGAGCAUUGUUGGAGGAGUUGGUGCCUAUGGGUUCAGCAAAGGUGUCACCUAAUAUACAGUUACAGCCCAUGGAAACUCAGGUCAAAUGUGAAUCUCAGGAUCCCCAACCCUUACAGAAGAGUGCUCUGCUUCUUCCUCAUAUUCCUAUACUUCCACAAAAGGGGGUUCCUAGUGACCAAAAGAUGGCAGCUUCACUUCUCACAUGCAAUACAACUGGAUUCCAGAAACUAAUGACAUUUGAGGAUAUGGCCAUGUCACUUGCAUUAGAGAAAUGGGGACAACUCGACCCUGUUCAGAAGAGCCUCUGUAGGGACAAAGGGCAGGACAAUUAUGGGAACAUGGUUUCCCUGGAUGGUGUGACCACAAUGGAGAGUGGAGAGUCAGCUCAAAACCAGGAUAUUAAAACAGAUAUGGAAUCUAAAGGGGAGUUACCUAAUAGGCUCAAUGGGCAUAUUCCUCAGGGUCUUGAGCUUGGAGAAGUCUGUGAACAUGAGGGCAAAUUAGAAGGGCAUCAAGGAAAUGCUGAAAUUGAGAAACGACAUAAAUGUGAUGAAUGUGGGAAAAGCUUCACUCAGAACUCAAGCCUUAUUAGACAUAAGCGAAUUCAUACUGGAGAAAGACCCUAUUCAUGUAACGAAUGUGGAAAAACCUUCAUUCAGAGCUCACAACUUAUUGACCAUCAGAGAAUACAUAGCAAACUAAAACCCUAUCAAUGUAAUGAUUGUGGGAAAGCUUUCUAUUACAGUUCACACCUUAUUCAGCAUCAGAGGACCCACACUGGAGAGAAACCUUUCCAAUGCAAUGAUUGUGGGAAAGCCUUCCAUUAUAGUUCAGGCCUUAUUAGACAUCAAAGAACGCAUACUGGAGAGAAACCUUACCAGUGUAAUGAUUGUGGGAAAGCUUUCUGUCUCAGCUCACAUCUUAUUCAACAUCAAAGGAUUCACACUGGAGAGAAACCUUACCAGUGUAUUGAGUGUGGGAAAAGUUUCAGUCAGAGCUCUGGCCUCUUUCAUCAUCAGAGAAUCCACAGUGGAGAAAAACCUUAUGAAUGUCAUGAAUGUGGGAAAUCCUUUAGUCAUAGUUCUGCACUUGUUGGACAUCAGAGAAUACAUAGUGGGGAGAGACCCUAUGAAUGUGAUAUUUGUGGGAAAGCCUUCAGUUACAGCUCACACCUUAUAGGACAUAGGAGAAUCCACACUGGGGAAAAACCUUAUGAAUGUGAUGAGUGUGGGAAAGCCUUUAGGCGGAGUUCACACCUCAUUGUACAUCAGAGAAUCCACACUGAGGAGAAGCCACAUUAUCCAUUGACAUAAAAAUUUUAAUAAUUUAUUCCACAUGAAACUGCAGAGAAGUCCUACUGACAAAGCUACAGUUACUCUUAGUACCUCAUCAAGCAUCAGAAAAUCAUGUUGGUGACUGGGUAGACAAAUGCCUUAGAGUAGGCUAACAAAAAUUAUCUUAAUACCUCAGUAUUAGGAAAGUCAACUGAGAAACUGGGGUUUCAGAAUGACUUAUUCAAAUCUAUCAAACUCAAAAUCUCUUUGGAAAGAUCUGUUUCUCUGUAGCCCAGAGCACCUAAGAACAUAUACUAAGUAAAUGAAUGGUUAUGGCUUAGAGGUGGUAGGGAUACUUCUACUGCUUUCUUUUUCCUUGCCUUUUUUUCUUAUAGAGUUGACAUUUUACCCCUAAUAAUUUGAUCUAAGAUGUGAAUUUAGAAAUAAUAUCUAUCUUCUAUGAAAGGUAUGUAUCUUUGUUCAGUUCUCUAAAGUAUGACUGCUUCUCAGUUAAUUGCACUAAUGACUAA